GGAAGGUACUGCGAGGCUGGAACACGGGUGCGCCAGUCGCGAAACCUCAAAGCGGAGCCCCGCCCCUCAAGGCUGGCUUCCUGCCUCCGUAUUGGUCUGCGCGCCCGUCAGUCUCCCCCCAUGGGGCCGCGCCGGCUGUACUCCCUGUUCCCUCUUCUCAGUACGCGGAUUUACUGGCUGCCUCGGCUAUUAUCCAUCCGACCCAGCCAUUCCGAUCCUGACCUGGAGCCGGCUCCGGAAAGCCUCGAGAAGGGGAGGGCCGAACUCGGCCGGAGCUGAGCAUCGUCUGGGUGGGCUGCGGGACCGCGGCCUCUCCGCAGGCAGCACCACCUGUCGCCUGGCUAGACGUCGGGUGAGAGAAACGAUGUUGUCCAGGUUUAAAAUAGUUGCCACUCCUUGUACUCUGGCAUGUCGUCAUUUGCACAUAAAAGAGAAAGGCAAGCCACUUAUGUUGAACCCAAGAACAAACAAGGGGAUGGCGUUUACAUUACAGGAACGACAAAUGCUUGGUCUUCAAGGACUUCUACCUCCCAAAAUAGAGACACAAGAUAUUCAAGCCUUACGAUUCCACAGAAAUGUGAAAAAGUUGAAUGGCCCUUUGGAAAAAUACAUCUAUAUAAUGGGAAUACAAGAAAGAAAUGAGAAGUUGUUUUACAGAAUACUGCAAGAUGAUAUCGAAAGUCUAAUGCCAAUUGUAUAUACACCAACAGUUGGUCUUGCCUGCUCCCAGUAUGGACACAUCUUUAGAAGACCUAGGGGAUUAUUUAUUUCAAUCUCAGACAGAGGUCAUGUUAGAUCAAUUGUGGAUAACUGGCCAGAAAAUCAUGUUAAGGCUGUUGUGGUGACUGAUGGAGAGAGAAUUCUGGGUCUUGGAGAUCUGGGUGUCUAUGGAAUGGGAAUCCCAGUAGGAAAACUUUGUUUGUAUACAGCUUGUGCUGGAAUACGGCCUGAUAGAUGCCUGCCUGUGUGUAUUGAUGUAGGAACUGAUAAUCCAGCACUCUUAAAAGAUCCAUUUUACAUGGGUUUAUAUCAGAAAAGAGAUCGAUCACAACGUUACGAUGAUCUGAUUGAUGAGUUUAUGAAGGCCAUUACUGACAGAUAUGGACAGAACACACUUAUUCAGUUUGAAGACUUUGGAAAUCAUAAUGCAUUCAGGUUCUUGAGAAAAUAUCGAGAAAAAUACUGUACCUUCAAUGAUGAUAUUCAAGGGACGGCUGCAGUUGCUCUAGCCGGUCUGCUUGCAGCCCAAAAAGUCAUUGGUAAACCGAUCUCAGAACACAGAAUCUUAUUUCUUGGAGCAGGAGAGGCUGCUCUUGGAAUUGCAAAUCUUAUAGUUAUGGCUAUGGUGGAAAAUGGCCUCUCAGAAGAAGAGGCGCAAAAGAAAAUUUGGAUGGUUGACAAAUUUGGUUUAUUAUUUAAGGUAAGGUACUUAAAAUUUGGAGAAGCAAAAGAAUGCUAUGUUUUACUUGUAAUGAAGUUCCUUUUUUUCCCCCCUUAUUUUAUUACAGGAGUUGCAGGAGCUGGCCGACUUUUCACUCCUGGUGUAAUCAAAGCCAUGGCUGAUAUCAAUGAGAGGCCUGUAAUAUUUGCAUUAAGUAAUCCUACAGCACAAGCUGAGUGCACAGCUGAAGAAGCAUAUACACUUACAGAGGGAAGGUGUUUGUUUGCCAGUGGCAGUCCAUUUGAGCCAGUGAAACUCAGUGAUGGGCAAGUCUUUAUACCAGGUCAAGGAAACAAUGUAUAUAUUUUUCCAGGUGUGGCUUUAGCUGUUAUUCUCUGUAACACCCGGCAUAUUAGUGACCAUGUUUUCCUAGAGGCUGCAAAGGCUCUGACAAAUCAAUUGACGGAUAAAGAGCUAGCUCAGGGGAGACUUUACCCGCCGCUUGCUAAUAUUCAGGAAGUUUCUAUUAACAUUGCUAUUAAAGUUACAGAAUAUCUAUAUGCUAAUAAAAUGGCUUUCCGAUACCCGGAACCUGAGGACAAGACCAGAUACAUUCGAGAAAGAAUAUGGCGAAGUGAAUACGAUUCCCUGCUGCCGGAUGUGUACGAUUGGCCAGAGCCUGCGUCACGCCCUCCACCAACAACGGAAUAGAAGCACACCACUGAUAAACACUUUCCAUGCUUCAGGGACUCCUUUCUUCAGACAAAAAGAGAGGACGUUCUCAAAUUUAUGGGUUUUUUCUGUGUUUUAUUCUCCCCUACCACUUUGCUUAUUUUUUCCCAUGAAUCUCCACUUCUGUCUGUACAGGAUGGACCUGUUGACUACAUUGUUAAUGCCCACCUGCACCCUGAAAUCAGAUAACCAUUAUGCUUUCAUUCUGAUUUGUAGCUCAUACCACAUCAGAGAGAUUAAAAAGAUACUUGCGAGUGUCUUCAUUUGUGCUCCUGUUCACUCUUGCCAAAGUAUUUGCUAUUUACUAUUAUAGCUAAUCAUCUUCUCUCACCCAGUUCUUCUAGGGCUACUAAAAUAGAAAUUUACUUCUGUGGAUAUGAGUACAGAAUUUUGGGAAGAAGCCAAAUUUAACCAAAUUCUAAGGACAAAUUGUCAGUAUCUAAAAAUGUCCUUUUAUUUCUGCUUCAUUUUACCUUCAUGCUCUGAAAUUCCUUUUUAGUAGAUAGAUCAGGAAAAAUCUACUCUAUUAUGUAUUUUCUGGGACUAAACUGAGGCUUAACUAUAACGUGGGAGAAAUGUGAAGUACUGCCGCCUUUAGACAAAUAAACUAGUCAUUGUUUUCAACAGUGUAUAAAAAUCUCAGUGUAACUUUUUAAAAUAAAUAUCUUAAAUUGCUUCAA